AUGACCUCUCCCUCAACCCGCCGCCUCCUCAAAGAAUCAACAGACCUCCACAAGCACCCAAGUCCCUACUUCACCGCCUCACCAGUCGACGACACCAACCUCCACGACUGGCACUUCACCCUAGUCGGACCACCCAGUCCAACCCCUUACGCAAAAGGCCUUUAUCACGGCCGAAUCACAUUCCCAGCCGCAUACCCGCUCCGACCACCUUCAUUCCGCUUCCUGACACCCUCCGCGCGCUUCGAGGUAAACCGCGAAAUAUGCCUCAGCAUCUCGGGCCACCAUGAAGAAACCUGGCAACCGGCAUGGGGGGUCCGGACUGCGCUUCUGGCUAUUCGGAGCGAGAUCUUCAGCGGCGAGAGUAAAGGACAGGUUGGUGGGAUGGAGGGAAGUGAGGAACUUCGACGCGAGUAUGCGGGUUUGUCGCGGGGGGAGGUCGGUGUUAAGGUUGAUGUUGAGGGUGUUGAGGGUGGUGAUGGUGAUGGGGAGGGGCAGGAUGAAGAGAAGGAUGGGCAAGAAAAAGAGACAGAGUCGCAGCAGGAGCGUCACGAUCUUCAUGACUCUUCAGCUGCUCCUAUUCCUGAAUCCGUGCCUGUGUCUGCACCCAAACCAGAGAUUCCUACACCUACGGAUCCCGUCACAUCUCCUCGACCCUCGGUGUCAGACCCGGCAUCUCCGUCUGUUCAGAGAUCAACAUCGGUGUCGACGCCGAGGACGAGAUCAGCGGUCCCGAACUCCCCACCUGCGUCUACACAGCUUGAUACUCGCCCUCGGCUUGUACCUGCGCCUACUUCUCCGGCCAAUAGCCCUUGGCUAGAUCGUGCUAUCAUUUGCGUGGUUGUCGCGUUGGUGAUUUUGGUCCUUCGACGAACCAUCGACGUUGACGAUCUAUAA